AUACACUGAUGACCUCUGACCUCCGGCAGGCGUCAAUGAUGCAGCAGGCUGAUGUUGUGGAGGGCCCAGCUGACCCCAGCGUGCUCCUCAACUCUAUAGGUGUGAAUGUGAAGGUGUGCAAGGAGCUGCUGGUGCAGAUCCAGGCCAGUCUCGACCGUGUGGAGGCUCGGAGAGGGCAGAGUCAAAGGACUCGCUCUGUCCAAGGGCCCUCACACUCUGCUGCUGGCCGUGCGGUGGGGCCCCCUUCUGCUUGCUACACUCUCUUCCGCCUUCUGCCUCAAGACAGUGAGUGGGCCAAGAACCUGGAGAGGCAGCUCCGCACACACACAUAUGAACUGCUGCCCAAGGAGCAGCUGGAAGCAGCCCUCAGGUUUCUGACUGAGGGGCCCACGGAGGAGUGCACCCUGUACCAGACAGCUGAAGGGCCCACACAGGGGCCCUCAAUGUGCCAGUGUGCAGAGCACCUGUCUGCAGAGCACCUGUCUGCAGAGUAUGUAUCUGCAGAGUAUCAGUCAGCUGAGGGGUCCACGGAGGGGCCCACCUUGUACCAGUCUGUGCUGGACUUCUCUCUUGAAAACACACAAGAGCAGCAGCUGAGAGGAGGAGCUCAGAUGCAGGACCUCAGUGACUGCAGAUGCCCCGGGGAGAGCAGUGAAGAAGGCCCCCCAAGCUCCCUGCCGCCCUCUAUGGCUCUGCUGCACAUAGAAGAGGGAGACAUCUCUAGUAUAACCCACUCUCCUCCUCCUCAUCAGAAGAUACACAGUCUCCUCUUUAAAAGACAUUUGGCCCCUUGUAACAGCACCCCACGAAGCACAGGUGUCCAGCUGAUUUCUGACAUUUCCCAUCUGGUGAGCAGCCCGUAUGCCUCACAAAGCUACUGCACAGCUGGAGACAAGUCAGCCAACCUCUCUCAGCCAAACUCGUACCCAGUGGUUCGAGCAGCAGCAAGGGAGCAGCACCAGCGAGACAGAGACCUGGAAGCCGGCAUGAAGAGAGCGCAGGAGGAGCUGCUGUUCGAGUCUGAGAGAACAGCUGAAGGAGAGGGCCAGGGAACAGCUGAAGGAGAGGCCAAGGGAACAGCUGAAGGAGAGGGCCAGGGAACAGCUGAAGGAGAGUCCCAGGGAACAGCUGAAGGAGAGGCCCAGGGAACAGCUGAAGGAGAAUCUGAGGGAGCAGUUGAAGGAGAGGCCAAAGGAACAGCCGAAAGCAGGGCCCAGGGAACAACUGAAGGCGAGGCCCCGGGAACAGCUGAGGGAGAGGCCCAGGGAACAGUUCAAGGAAAGGCCCAAGCAACAGCUGAAGAAGAGUCUGAGAGAACAGCUGCAGGAGAGUCUGAGAGAACGGCUGCAGGAGAGUCUGAGAGAACAGCUGCAGGAGAGUCUGAGAGAAGAGCUGCAGGAGAUUUUAAAAGAACAACUGCAGGAGAAUCUGAGAGAACAGCUGGAGAGGCCCAGGAAGGAGAAGUUAACACCAAAGCCUGGGGAUUGGCCUCACAUCAUCAGCUGUACAUGAAUAAUAUGGGCAUCAGAAGUCACCUCACACUGGACAAUGAGCCGGACAGUGCUGAAAAGGACUCUGCACUGGUGUGUAAAGUGGUCUCCAGAGCAGAGAGCCGAGAAGGACAGGAGCCAGGGAAGAGCCUACCCGGUACUCGUCUAUCUGAGCCGUCUGAAGUCUGCUGCUCACCACAUGAACAAGGUGAGCCACAGUGGGCGUCUCUUCUGACUGACAGUUACAGAGCUCACUCCACUCUGGAUGACAUCCUGCAGGCUCAUUUGCACGACUGAACCCCAUCAAAUCCAAGAUCCAUGUUAAAACCUCUCCAGCAUGAUGAGAAAACAAAGUUAUAACAUCGUAGAAAGCACAAAAAGCUACAUUUAGUAUACUGCCUCCUCUUUAAUCGUAAACCCCGACACUUUUGGUGACCAGUCAUGGAUCUCCUCCUCUAAUACACUGGAAGAUGACUGAAUUUAAUGAAUGAUUAAUUAAAUAAAUAUAUAUAUAUUUUUUUUUUAAUUCUAAUUUUAUAAUACAUAAUGAUUCUCUGGUUCAAAAAAGUUUGUUCUGUCUUCAGUUUUGGUUUAUUAGAGGACCCAGAUUACACAAAGUAGACCCUUGUGAGCUUUAGGCCAUGUUACAGUUGUUUAGGGCUGUUCUAAAAUAUUGAAAUAUCAAUAUAUUGUAUCAUUUAAUGUGAUGAUACAGUAUCAAUAGCUUGGGCUGCUGUAUCGAUAUAUCACCAACAUUAUUUUUUGGUAUAUUUUACUCAAUUAUUUUGUUACAGCUACAGUUAUGUUGCUUGUUCAGAGGAA